UAUCGUCUUGCUCCAUUCAAAUUUUGACACGUCUACUCUCAACUGGCCUUUAAAACUGCAGAAUUCGGACUCCCCAAACCUCAUCUCUUUCUCUUUCUUUCCGACGUUGUCCAUGGCUCAAGUUUCGUCUUCCUUGUACACCUCUGUCCAUGGCAUUUGCUCAGCAAGAUCCUCUGCCCUUCCUCGACUUCCACUGACGAAUUUCGCAGGGUUUAGGACGGCAUUUUCCACUGGUUCUCCAAUUGUGACCUGGAAAGCAUCUCAAGUAAGAAGUUAUGCUGCAGCGUCCAAGGCUAUUCCGAUUUCCAUAAGAUCCGAGCAAACCAGCAAUGGUUUAGAUGUGUGGCUAGGCAGAUCAGCAAUGAUUGGCUUUGCUGUUGCUAUUUCAGUUGAGAUAGCCACCGGCAAGGGCCUUUUGGAGAAUUUUGGGCUAACAGGACCAUUACCAAUCGUGGCUCUAUCAGUCACUGCCUUGGUUGGAGUUUUAACGGCUGUUUUUAUCUUUCAAUCUUCCUCAAAGAGCUGAUGAGGGUAGGCAGGCAAGCAAGCAAACUUGUGAAUUUACAUAAUAUGAUUUGUUUUGUUGAAUACAAUAGAAUCUGUAUGUUAACUUCUUCAAUGGCUUUUACUUUCAAUCAUGUUCAUUAAUUUAUUUAAUGAAAACCUAAGAAGCUUUUUGUGGUCA